AUAGGUUAUAUUACUGAAGAGGUGGAGGUCAAAUAUAAUUGACUUAGACACGAGAGUGGUUUUUGUUAGUGCAGAAACAGAGAAAGAUGGAUGAGGAGAAUGGUUACAGUGGGAGUAUCAGCUCUAACUUGGAGACUACAAAAGCAGAGAGAUCUGUGUGGCUGAUGAAGUGCCCUUUGGUGGUGGCUAAGUCAUGGCAGACCCAUCCUCCUUCUCAACCUCUCGCCAAGGUUGUGCUCUCCCUUGAUCCUCUCCACCCUGAAGAAGACGAUCCCUCUGCUGUCCAGUUUACAAUGGAGAUGGCAGGCACAGAAGCUGUGAAUAUGUCCAAAACUUAUUCAUUGAACAUGUUUAAAGACUUCGUUCCUAUGUGUGUCUUCUCUGAGACUAGCCAAGGUGGCAAGGUUGCAAUGGAAGGGAAAGUAGAACAUAAGUUUGAUAUGAAGCCCCACGGUGAAAACAUUGAAGAGUAUGGUAAAUUGUGCCGAGAGAGGACAAACAAAUCUAUGAUUAAAAAUCGACAAAUACAGGUUAUCGAUAAUGAUCGGGGAGUUCUAAUGAGGCCAAUGCCUGGAAUGAUUGGUCUAGUUUCAUCCAAUUCCAAGGACAAGAAGAAGACACAGCCGGUCAAGCAAUCUGAUACAAAGAGAACGAGAAGAGAUAGGGGAGAGCUGGAGGAUAUAAUGUUCAAGCUAUUUGAAAGACAGCCUAAUUGGGCCUUGAAACAGCUCGUUCAAGAGACAGAUCAACCUGCACAAUUCUUGAAAGAGAUUCUGAACGAACUUUGUGUUUACAAUAAAAGAGGUGCCAAUCAAGGAACUUACGAGCUGAAGCCUGAGUACAAGAAAUCUGUUGAAGAUACGAGCGCCGAAUAAGUGCUAUGUUCUUUACAUUAUACUCUUAACUCCACCGAGGCACAGACCCUCCAAAAAUAUAGGCUGAUGGAAGAAAGAAUCUUGGGACAACAAACAAGAAGCAAACUUUGUAUCUGAACCGUGAAGAAUACCUUGUUUAUGACUUUUUUUACCGAUAAAUUAUCAAACAUGCAGUUGUAUACGUUCAAAAGGAAUUUUAGCAACCGAAAAAUUAAUGUUAUGUUGCCUGGUUACGCGUAGAAUAUCUCUGCCACUGUACAUGGAGUUGUUCUGUUGUAAAGACCUACCUAGUAAUAUGAUGCUCUUCUCCUAGUUUAUAUGAUGAUUA